AUGCAUCACCAGCUCAAACCGCCCGAGGCCGCCACGCUCCCGCGCCACCUCCUUGAAGACCACGUCGUGUCGCUGGUCCGCCAAUGCCGCAGCCUCCGCGCGCUCCGCGGCGCCCACGCGCGCCUGCUCAGGCUCCGCCUCCCGCGCCUCACCUACGCCUUCGCGCUCUCCAAGCUGCUCGCCUCCUGCGCCGCCUCCGCCACGACCGCCGCGGCGGCCUCGUACGCGCGCAGCCUGUUCGACCAAAUCCCCGAGCCAACCGCCUUCUGCUACAACUCCCUCAUCCGCGCGCUCGCCACCCCCACCAACCCCACCGCGGACGCCUUCCUGCUCUACCGCCGCAUGCUGCGCGCGGGCUCCCCGCCCCCCAACAGCUUCACGGUCGCGUUCGCGCUCAAGGCGUGCGCCGCGGUGCCGGCUCUUGGUGAGGGCCUGCAGCUGCACUCGCAGGCCUUCCGCCAGGGGCUGGAACCGAGCCCCUACGUGCAGACCGGGCUGCUUAACCUCUAUGCCAGGUGUGAGGAGGUUGCGCUGGCCAGGAGCGUGUUUGAUGGCAUGGCCGAGGACAGAAAUCUGGUCGCGUGGAGCUCCAUGAUCGGCGGGUACUCCAGAGUGGGGAUGGUUAACGAAGCGUUGGACCUGUUUCGGGACAUGCAGGCUGCUGGGGUGCACCCAGAUGAGGUCACAAUGGUUAGUGUAAUCUCGGCAUGCGCCAAGGCGGGCGCUCUUGAUUUGGGCAGGUGGGUGCAUGCUUUUAUAGACAGGAAGGGGAUCACGGUUGAUCUUGAGCUGAGCACCGCGUUGAUUGACAUGUAUGCAAAGUGCGGUCUGAUAGAGCGGGCAAGGUUGGUUUUUGAUGCGAUGGUGGAGAGGGAUACCAAGGCAUGGAGUGCAAUGAUAGUUGGACUGGCGAUGCAUGGGCUUGCAGAGGAUGCGUUGGGCCUUUUCUCAAGAAUGCUCCAGCUUAAGAUUAGACCCAAUAAUGUCACCUUUAUAGGUGUGUUGUCAGCCUGUGCUCACAAUGGGUUAGUUGAUGAUGGCCGGCGAUAUUGGUCUACUAUGCAAGAAAUGGGAAUUAAAGCUUCAAUGGAGAACUAUGGUUGCAUGGUUGACCUUCUCUGCCGUUCUGGCCUUUUGGAUGAAGCUUAUUCAUUUGUUACAGGCAUGCCCAUCUUACCAAAUUCAGUAAUUUGGAGGAAUCUUCUUGUGGCGAGUCAAAGCUCGAACAGAACUGAUAUAGUAGGAUUGGCUUCUAAAAAGCUCUUUGAGUUGGAACCGCGGAAUCCAGAGAACUAUGUUCUCCUAUCCAAUUUGUAUGCGUUGAACUCCCAGUGGGACAGAGUGAGGUAUAUGAGGAAAAAGAUGAAGGACAACAAUGUUACUGUCGUUGCUGGCUGUAGUUCAAUUGAAAUAAAUGGCUAUCUGCACAAAUUUGUGGUGAGUGAUGGUUCACACCCUGAAAUAAAGGAGAUAAGAGUGGUACUGAGGGAAAUAGCUGACCAGGUUCUACGAUCUGGCCACAAGCCUUGGACUGCAGCCGUUCUACAUGAUGUUGGUGAAGAGGAAAAAGAAAUUGCACUUUGUGAGCAUAGUGAGAGGCUAGCCAUCGCAUAUGGGUUGCUGAAGACAAAGGCACCUCAUGUCAUUCGGGUGGUAAAGAACUUGAGAUUUUGUCCGGAUUGCCAUGAAGUGACAAAAAUUAUAAGUAAAUCAUAUGGCCGAGAAAUCAUUGUCAGGGACCGUGUACGUUUCCAUAGGUUUAUUGGAGGAAAUUGUUCUUGCAAGGACUUUUGGUGA